GACGACUACAGUUGAUCUGCUGCUUCCAGAAAUUGGCUGCUUCGUAAUGGCGCAAACUCAUGAUGUGUUUGCUGACUUAUUUGCUUCCACGAAAAAAAAGGAUCUUUCCAAGUUAUCGCUAGCUGAACGUCAAAGGUUGCAACAGUCCUCAGCUUCUCUGAACAACGCCAAUUCAGGUCCUAAUAACAGUAACAAUAGCAAUUGGUCUGGUCUAGAUCUAUUGGAUUCGUUUUUGAAUAAUAAUUCUUCUUCUUUUGCCAACUUGGGAUAUUCAAACAACAAUGCUUUCAAUAACAAUACUAGCAACUCUAAUGUCAAUCAGAACGAUAGCUCCUCCAAUAUUGAUGAUCUUGAUGACUUAUUUGCUGUUUUUGAUACUCCACCUGUGCCCAAAUCUUUAGCAAACUUAAAUGCUUCAAUCAAAUAUCAACCUCAAGAUCAGAUAAAUUUUGCAUCUUCUCCCACGUCAGAUUUUUCUGCAAACCACAAUAACGUUCUUAAUACAACUGUAUUAAAUCGCUUUCCAGAAUCUUUUUCAAAUGUAAGAUCUAAUAAUAAUUACAGUGACGAUGAUAAUAUUUUAAUAGAUUCUUUUCAGCAAUUAAAAUCAGACGACUAUGAAGAUCAUAAAAUUCAUCCAUAUUCAAAAAAUUACAAAAAAAACAAUAAUAACAAUAAUAAUCAUAGUGUGUUUCUUGAUUACGAGCCAAAAAAUUACCAAUCUCAACCUCGAAAUCAAAUUUUAAAUCAACACCAUACAAGAAAUGAUAAUUUUAAUGAUUUAUUUGACGAUUUAUCUACCCCUGAUUUAGUCUCAACUGCCACUAAUUUAUUCAACAAAAGUAAAAAUAUUAUAUCAAAAAACAUUGAAAAAUAUCAGGCUCAUUAUAACUCAGAAAUAACUGGGAAACCAGCUUGGAUGUUUCAACAACAAAAAUAUAUGAAUCAAAAUAAAAACUCAAAUGGUUUUAAAAAUACUUCUUUGCCAAAUUUACCACCAAUGGAUAACCCCAAUUACUCUACAAACUCUUCUACUUCUCCAAAAUUAAGACAAUUUAAAACUGGAAGAUCCUCAAAUAACAGCAGUGUUAAUCUUGAUAAUUCUCAUUCAUCGAAUAGUUCCAAUAAUUCAACCCCUAAAGCGCAUACUAGCCAACAAUUUCUUUCAAGACAAUACCAAAACCAAUCUUCUUCUUUAGUGGAUAUAAAUUCAUAUUCAAAUGAGCAAUCAAUAUAUGUUUCACCAGCAAGAAGAAGAAAACAACAAACAGAUUUUCCCACUCAUAAUUCUACUAGACCAUUAUCUGCUCAAAAUUAUAAUUUGAAAAAUAAAACUAGCAAAAAUCAAACUCGUAAAUUUCAAAAUGUUCAAAUUACUUCAGAGUCUAAAUUAAAAUUUAAUAAUUAUAGAAAUCUUGGAACAGAUUUCUUCAAAAAAGGUGAUUUCACUUCUGCAUUAACUAAUUUUGAACUUGCUUUGAACUCUUUACCUAAGAAUCAUUUACUCAUGGUUAUCGCUUAUUCAAAUCUAUCUUCAUGCAAUUUGAAACUUGGAAACUCAAAAAAAUCUUUAGAAAACAUUGAAAAUGCUCUAUCAAUAAUUGGUCCGGUUAGCACAAGUUCUUCACCGGAAUUUCUUGAAUCUGAGAUUGAAACUGGUAAAACAAUAAAGGAAUUUUGGUCAAAAUUAUGUUUAAAAAAGGCAAAUUCCUUGGAACAUUUGGAAAAAUACAAAGAUGCACUAUCCGUUUAUUUGAUAUUGAUUGCAAAUGGUGUAAGUUCAAAAAAUAUUAUGGAUGGCAAAAAUCGUUGCCAAAAUGCAUUAAAUCCAAAACCAAAACCAAAACCAAAACCCCAAAGUUACCCAUCAAAUAAUUUGAGAAAACAAACUGGAUUUCAACCUAAUAAAAAUACAAAUUUGUAUUCAAAUAAACCUUCUAAAGCCGUUAAAAACAUUCAAAGAGAAGCAUUUAUUAAGGAAAAGGAAGAAAAUGAGAAAUUUUUAUUAUAUGAUUCAAUUGAACUUAAAAUCAAUUCUUGGAAAAAUGGUAAAGAAGAUAAUCUUAGAGCAUUAUUAGCAUCCUUGGAUUUGAUUUUAUGGCCCGAGGCAAAUUGGAAAAAAAUAUCAAUUGCAGAUUUAGUUUUAGAUAAAAAAGUUAAGAUUUUUUAUCUAAAGGCCGUAGCUAAAACUCAUCCUGAUAAAAUAAAUAAAAAUGCAACUACUGAGCAAAAAUUAAUAGCUCAAAAUGUUUUUGUUAUUUUGAAUAAAGCCUGGGAUAUUUUCAAAGAAAAAAAUGGUAUACAGUAAUAUAUUUGGGCUGAACUUUAAUAAUUGUUAUAAUGUUAUAAUGUUUUAAUUUUUUUUUUCUUUUUUUUUUUAUCAAAAUUUA